GAAGCCCCGCGCGGGCGCUCCACGCCUCCGCCGCUUUCCCCUCGACCCAACAACCGAUCCCAGAGCCCGGGACUGGGCUACCGCCGGCCGCCGCAGCCCUUCAGGCUUCAGCCCGCGUGCACUCUCUCGCGGUGUCGCCCCUCUGGGACGACCGACGAUUGGGCUACCGCCGCCGCCGUACGCUUGGUGCCGAGGUCUUCGUAGCUCCUCCAUCGCCGGCAACAAGCAAACAACCAGAUAACUCGGCGCCCAAAGUCUUUCUGUUGGAAGAGCUCUUUAUUUAUCGUCAAUGGAAGCGAAGUUUUUCCGUUUCCUGAAGCUCGUUGGGGUCGGCUUCAAAGCAAGGUCAGAGAGCCAAGGCCGUGAGCUGUUCCUGAAACUGGGAUUCAGCCAUGAGGUGCAGUUCACCGCUCCCCCAGCUGUCCGUGUCUUCUGCUUCAAACCCAACAUAAUUUGCUGCACCGGCAUCGAUAAGGACAGGGUGCACCAGUUCGCCGGUGCUGUCCGGAGCUGUAAACCUCCAGAGGUGUACAAGGGGAAGGGGAUCCUGUACAUUGACGAGGUUAUCAAGACUAAGCCCGGAAAGAAGCAAAAGAAGUGACGACUUGAAAACGUUACAACUUUGUCUUUGGCUUUUAACCCCUUGAGACCCAUCCUUCUUCAAAUUUGUAGUGAUCCGGAUCUGGUCUGGUUGUUUUGAGCUAGGCAGAUCACCAUUGUCUCUUAUCCUUACCUCAGUUGCAGGCAACAGGAUGUAUGUGGGACAUGUAAUGAAGUUGUAGGUCCAUGAGUUGGAAAGUUACCAGUUCCUUUUUGUUGAUGUCAGCUGGAACAUCGGAUUGAAUUUCCGAGUGGAAUGUUUCCUUUCAAAAUUGGGUCUUUCAUAGACUGUUGCAAAUUGAGUGUGAACUGUGAACAUGACCUUAGAACUGAGGCCUUGUUCAGUUCCUAAAA